CGCACUGACGUCCCCUUUGCUGCACUCAGCCAACCUCUGCCGCCGAAACGUGAAGCUGUCGGUGUCCGCUGGUGCGCCGCCGUGAGAAAUCCACCGAGGAGUCACACACGUUUCUCCAGAUUGGUUCUUCUAUACCCUGGUGGACAUAUUUUGUAGCCGAAUAUCACGCAUGGGAUGGCUUUGCGGUAGUAGAAAUGCAGCGGCGCACUUUCAUCCCACAACAAGAACCAUGCCCGUGUUACACUGCAAGCAGACAUAUGACAUCCUUUUUGAUCUCAUACGACUUUGUCAAUGAGUGAAAUUUGCUUGGCUGCUAACAAGGAGUGAAGACGCUUUUACGCGGGCCUUGCGAGCCCAAAGGACAGUGGUUUCGCUGCAGACGUCUGUGCAACGUGAACCUCUGCAUUCGGGAUUUUUUUUCUUUUCCUGCUCCUCUUGUUUUUGUUUUCUUUCUUAUUUUGAUGGAGCUGGAGAACAUCGUGGCCAAUACUGUACUGCUUAAAGCAAGAGAGGGUGGAGGAGGCAAGCGCAAAGGGAGAAGCAAAAAAUGGAAGGAGAUCCUUCGUUUCCCCCACAUAAGUCAGUGCACUGAGCUGGGCAAUAGCAUCGUGAAGGACUAUGUCUGCAUCUGUGAGAAACAGCCUAUCGGAAGGCAACUCUUCCGUCUUUACUGUGAGACAAGACCAAAACUGCAACGCUGCAUUCAACUACUGGAUGCAAUGGAAGAUUACGAGGUGACGCCUGAUGAAAAAAGAAAAAGCAGAGGGGACCAGAUUGUCAAGACCUUUCUUUCCAAACAAUCACCUCAGCGUGUGGACAUUGCAGAGGUCUUUGCAGAUCAGUGCCGAGAGAACCUUGAGCUCAGUCCAUGUAAGGAGAUCUUCAGCAACUGCCGCAAAGCUGUACACGACUACCUGAGCGGUGCUCCAUUCGCAGACUUUGAGAACAGCAUGUACUUUGACCGCUUCCUGCAGUGGAAGAUGUUGGAGAGGCAACCAAUCACUAAAGACACUUUCAGACAGUAUCGAGUGCUGGGGAAGGGAGGAUUUGGAGAGGUCUGUGCCUGUCAAGUUCGAGCUACAGGAAAAAUGUAUGCCUGUAAGAAGCUGGAGAAGAAGAGGAUAAAGAAGAGGAAAGGAGAGUCGAUGGCACUCAAUGAAAAGCAGAUUUUGGAGAAAGUUAACAGUAGAUUUGUCGUGAGUUUAGCGUAUGCAUACGAGACCAAAGACGCUCUCUGUCUGGUGCUGACCAUCAUGAAUGGUGGAGACCUGAAGUUUCACAUCUACAACAUGGGCACGCCGGGCUUUGACAAAGACAGGGUCCAGUUUUAUGCUGCUCAGAUUUGUUGUGGUCUCAAGCAUCUCCAUAGGGAAUCCAUUGUCUACAGAGAUUUAAAACCAGAGAACAUCCUACUUGAUGACAAUGGACACAUCCGCAUUUCUGACCUGGGCCUUGCUAUUAAAGUGCCUGAAGGGGACUUGAUCAGAGGAAGGGUGGGGACAGUGGGCUACAUGGCUCCAGAAGUGAUCAACAAUGAAAAAUAUGGAAUGAGUCCCGAUUGGUGGGGGCUUGGCUGCCUCGUGUACGAGAUGACCGCUGGGCGAUCGCCCUUCCGUGCCCGCAAAGAGCGAGUGAAGCGGGAGGAGGUGGAGAGGAGGGUGCAGGAAGAAGAGGAGGAGUACAAUGACAAGUUUACAGAGGACACCAAGGAAAUCUGUAGAAGGCUGCUCACCAAAGACCCAAAGCAGAGGCUGGGGUGCCUGGGGGACAAAGCGGCAGAGGUCAAGGCCCACUCCUUCUUCAAAAACAUCAAUUUCAAGAGACUCGAAGCUGGAAUAGUGGAGCCUCCUUUUGUACCUGAUCCUCGGGCAGUCUACUGUAAGGAUGUGCUGGACAUCGAGCAGUUUUCCACAGUCAAGGGAGUAAAUUUGGACCAAACUGACAAUGACUUCUACUCCAAAUUUGCUACAGGCAGUGUUUCCAUCCCAUGGCAGAAUGAGAUGAUAGAAACGGAGUGUUUCAGAGAUCUGAAUGUGUUUGGCCCUCAAGGGAUGAGACCUCCAGACCUUGACUGGAAUCAACCUCCAGAGCCUCCCAGACGCAGCCUGUUGGACAGGAUCUUCAGGAGGCACCACCCAGAGGUGUCUAUCUCCCACAGCCGUGUGCAGUCUUCCAGCGUAAACUCUGUGGACUCGAUGUCCAACUCUGCCCCCUAGUGGUUCGGUUUCAGCGUGGGAGCCAAAUACUCAAAGGGAAGGAGCUCGAGGGUUUACCCACUGCUAAUUAGUUCACAGUCGGGUCCCGAGGCUGUCUAAAGUCUCAUGGGUCAGCCCAGAAAGGGGGAGGUGACCAGGCACAGGUACUCAGGCCAUUUUGUUAGUAGGAUGGUCAGAGACGUUUUGAAAUAUUUGGACAAAACCCUCUUACCCUCAGGAUUGUUGGACAACAGAACGGAGCCACUUGAGCUGAUGAAAGAGUUAAACUAAGCUGAUAUUUUUUCAGGGCAUCCAUUGUAUCAUAAAGACCCACGACAAGGAAUAGGAAAGUGGGUCCUGGUGAUGAUUCUUUUUUCCCAAAAAAGAGUCUUUUACUUCCUGGCCUGUACCCAAUAGUGAUCCAUCUAAUCUAUAGUCUCGCCAUAUGUGUAUCACUGAUAAUAUUUUCUCUAUAUUUCCCACCUGUCUUACCUCAUACCACUCCUUAACAUUCAGAACAGACCGCCUCAUCCGCAAUCUCAGCUCAUAAUAAGGAUCGUCUCGUGUACACUCAGGCCAAAGAUUGCAAAUCAAUUGUGUAAUGUUGAAUUAGUGGUCUGAUUGUGUCAUUUGGGAUCGCGUGAGAUAAGUACAUGAGAUGUUUGCUCAAUAUAACACACACAUUCUCUAUGUCGUCACAUUCUUAAAAUGAUGGCUUAAGUCAUUUUUGGGGAGUCAGAAAACACUAAAAACUGAAGUAAAUACUGAAUAUAUUAAUUGAUAAAAUGAAUAAUUGUGAAUGAUCUGUUCAACUGAGGAUUUUAGCAGAGGUGAGAUGAUUAAGAAAGACACACACACACACACAUUCAUGUGUGUAUCGAUCAAUCGAUCGAUAGUUAGAUAUCCAAAAAGGACAUAGGCCAUAAUUUUAGCAUGGUAACACGAUAUGUGAGCCUGCAGGCAUUUCACAUAGCUUGCAUACCGGCACAUCGGUCAAUGCACAUUAAACAGCAUUGUGACAAUCGUAAUGUGUUGUCAUUGCAUGGACAAGUGUACAUAUGGACAGCUGUAUCCUUUUGCUUCUGCAUACCUCAUUCCACUGAUGUUAUUGUAUACCAUACAGCACAGGCAUCACCCUCGGUUUACAGUGUCACUUUAUAGUUGACGUUAUGAGACAUUUCAAAAAAGAAUACAUAUGCUGUACAGGAUCAGAAAUAUUUUGUUUUGUUGAGGAUUUUUUUUUUUGCACAGUCCCCGUGAAGUGGAGAGGAACACAUGCACUCAGCCUGACUGAGAAGUUGCACAAUUUAAAAUAAUGUCAUGCUGUUUUGUUUUGGUUUUUUUUCACUAAAAUGUUUUACCUCUUAAGGCACAUUAUUGCAUUGGUGAUUCCAUGCAAUGCGUCCUUUCAACAGUUUAGUUAUGGCACCUGGUAUUUAAAGUGUUCUUUCUCCCUUUAUGCCUUUUGCAUUUCAAUAACAUUGUUGCCUCACGUUUACAUGUUCUGUUUCUUUUUGUAUUUUUCUCCUUUACAUGUUCAAAAUGCCUCAUCUUUUCUCAGUGAGGAUGUUAACUAUGAAUGAUUGACCUUAUCUGCAUUUUAUUUAUCUGGUCCACUUCAUUUAUGUCUGGAAGAAGAAAAUGCCGGAAGAAACCGAAAUAUAAUACAAAGAUAACGUAACGUGGCCUUCCUCCAGCAGCACAGCCAAUUAAGGACGAGCGUCACCUCGUCUUCCUGUUUUUAAGAACAUGUUGUUUUGCUAUGUUGAGAGAUUAAUUUAAUUCACCCAGCCUGUCAGCCAAGUCUGAUCCCCAACUCCCUAUCUCUGAAACUCCCUAUCUCUGUGUACUUGUUAUGGAAACAAAAAAAGAAAAAAAAAAAACGGAAUCAGACUGAAGUGCCUCCUUGUUUGCAUGAUCUCCCAGAUGAUACCCACGCUGCACGCAAACAUACACACGUGUGUUCUCUGAAUGUCUGUCAUACUCAUGUUUGUGUCACUGGCAACACAUCAAUACAAAUACACAAGAAGUUGCUGUGGGAGGUGUGCUGGGUGCAUGUGAAAACCAAACCCACUGUGUCUUUCAAGUCCCAAUAAACUUUGUGCUUGAGUUUGAGUAUU